UGGCCAAUCGUAAACUGAAACAUACGCUCUGAGAGUACUUCCCGGCAUUCCCUGCGCCUGAUGACAGGUAGUGGAAGACACUAACACGGAAGUGGGGCAGGGAGAGGCGCAGAUUAGUGAAUUACUGGCACGUACAAUUCUGUGACUUUCGAAAAUAAUCCCUACAGAGAUGCUGAAAGCGGUCAUUCUGAUUGGCGGGCCUCAAAAGGGUACCAGGUUUCGCCCUUUGUCCUUUGAGGUCCCAAAGCCUCUAUUUCCAGUUGCAGGGGUGCCUAUGGUCCAGCAUCACAUUGAAGCCUGCAGCAAGGUUCCCAAUCUAAAGGAGAUUUUAUUGAUUGGAUUCUAUCAGCCAAAUGAGGCUCUGAGCAGCUUCCUCCUCAAAGCACAGCAGGAAUUCAAAGUGGCCAUCAGGUACCUACAGGAGUAUUCUGCCCUUGGCACAGGAGGGGGGAUUUACCACUUCCGGGAUCAGAUUCUCUCUGGUGGGCCACAGGCUUUUUUCGUCAUGAAUGCAGAUGUCUGCUCUGAGUUCCCUCUUGUCCCCAUGCUGGACUUCCAUAAGCAACAUGGAGGCUCACAAAGCUAUGUAAUCUUAGGAACCACAGCCAAUCGCACACAGUCACUGAAUUAUGGCUGCAUCGUGUCCAAUGGGGAUACACAGGAGGUUCUGCAUUACGUAGAAAAGCCUGGCACCUUCGUUAGUGACAUCAUAAACUGCGGGAUCUACCUCUUCUCACCAUCCAUCUUCCAGCACAUUGCAGAGGUUUUCCAGCGCAACCAGCUGGAGCUGCAGCUUGAGGAGAACUCAAGCUGGCAACGCACAGAGGUUAUUCGCCUUGAGCAGGACGUGUUUACCACCCUCGCUGGACACGGAAAGCUCUAUGUUUACAAAACAGAAGGUUGCUGGAGCCAAAUUAAAUCAGCAGGUUCAGCAAUUUAUGCCAGUCGUCUCUACUUGAGCCAGUAUAGCACAACCCAUCCUGAGCGGCUGGCUAGUACAAAAGAGGGGGGUCCAACUAUCAGAGGUAACGUAUAUAUCCAUCCUACAGCUAACGUGGAUCCCUCUGCAGUGUUGGGCCCUAAUGUAUCAGUCGGUAUGGGGGUGACUGUUGGGGCUGGAGUGCGAAUCAGAGAAUCCAUUAUCUUGCAUGGAGCAGUGCUGCAGGACCACAGCUGUGUGCUAAACACUAUUGUUGGCUGGGAUAGCAUGGUUGGGCGCUGGGCACGCGUUGAAGGAACACCCAGUGACCCCAAUCCAAACGACCCAUAUUCCAAAAUUGACAGUGAGACCCUGUUCAGGGAGGGAAAGCUUACUCCUUCUAUCACAAUUUUAGGUUGUAAUGUAUCCAUUCCUGCAGAAGUUGUGAUAUUAAACUCCAUUGUCCUCCCACACAAAGAGCUGAGCAGAAGCUUCAAAAAUCAGAUUAUUCUGUAGUGGGCAGAGCAGCUAUAGGAUUUUCUAUUUGCGGUGUAUAUAUAUAUAUAUAUAUAUAUAUAGUAUUCCCAAGCUGAAAGCAGGACAUGUCCCACCCCAGAAGCCUCUGAUGCAUUUAGUAACAAUGCUGGGGGAGUAAAGGAAGGAUCUGUUACAUCAUUGGUUGCUAGGCUGGCUGGCAAUACAAACUUAUUGGCAUUGUGGGAUAGGCACCAGUCACUCUGUACAAAUUACCUAUAUUUUAGAUAAAUAAAAGUGACUAGAAGGCAAGACUCCCUGAGGACGGCUUGAGUUAGGAGCCGAAACGUUGUAAUAAACAUCACAAACCUUUUUCACUUGA